AUGUCAGAAUCUCAAAAAACCAGGACUUUUGAAUUGCUUAAAGAUAAAUAUGAAGAAUCACAGGUUUUAUAUGGAAUAGGAGAAAAUAAUAAUAUACAAAAUAAUUCAAAUUCUUUACUAGCUUCAAUGUUUAAUAAUAGAUACUCACGAUCGGAAGUCUCUGAUUAUAUUGGAGUUCAAGAAAUUCC